AUGGCUUCCGAUACUAGUCGUCCCGAGUGGACUGCUCCUCGGGUUCGAGAAACUUUCCUGGACUACUUCAAGCAAAAUGGCCACACCUUUGGUAUUUGCAAAAUUUCCCAAGAAACCCCGCCACCCCUCUUCGCGAUUCCCGUCAAACGCCAAAGUCCCGUCAUCUUCUGUCGCUCCGCUGUCGGAUCCGACUCUGUAUUCACCAAUGCGGGCAUGAAUCAGUAUAAGUCUAUCUUCCUCGGCACCGUGGACCCACAAUCAGACUUUGCGAAGCUGCGACGUGCGGUAAACUCCCAAAAGUGUAUUCGUGCCGGUGGUAAACAUAAUGACCUCGAUGAUGUCGGUAAAGACAGCUACCACCAUACGUUCUUCGAGAUGCUCGGAAACUGGAGUUUCGGCGACUACUUCAAGAAGGAGGCGAUUACUUACUCGUGGACUUUGCUGACCAAAGUUUACGGGCUUAACCCUGAUCGUCUAUACGUGACAUACUUCGAAGGUGAUGAGAAAGGCGGCCUGGAACCAGAUUUUGAAGCCCGAGACCUAUGGAAAUCGGUGGGCGUCCCUGAAGACCACAUUCUUCCCGGAAACAUGAAGGACAAUUUCUGGGAGAUGGGCGACCAGGGCCCAUGUGGACCCUGUAGUGAAGUCCACUAUGACCGGAUCGGUGGCCGCAACGCUGCCUCCCUCGUCAACAUGGACGACCCAAAUGUGCUCGAGAUUUGGAAUAACGUGUUCAUCCAAUACAACCGCGAGGCAGAUCGCUCAUUGAGGCCGCUCCCCAACAAGCACGUUGACACCGGAAUGGGCUUUGAGCGGCUGGUUUCGGUCCUGCAGGAUAAGUCUUCCAACUACGACACCGAUGUGUUCACUCCGAUCUUCCAGGCGAUUCAAAACGCCACCGGCGCCCGGGAAUACCGGGGCCGAUUUGGCGCCGAGGAUUCUGACGGUAUUGAUACCGCCUACCGUGUCGUCGCAGACCAUGUGCGUACUUUGAUGUUUGCUAUCUCGGAUGGUGUCAUGCCUAACAACGAGGGCCGUGGAUACGUCAUUCGCCGAGUGCUGCGCCGGGGUGCUCGAUACGCGCGCAAGUACUUCCAGGUGGAAAUUGGCAAUUUCUUCUCAAAGCUGGUACCCACCGUUGUGGAGCAACUGGGUGGCAUGUUCCCCGAGCUGGUCAAGAAGCAGCAAGAUGUGAUGGAGGUUCUCGACGAGGAAGAAAUUUCCUUUGCCAAGACUCUGGACCGUGGUGAGCGCCAGUUUGAGCAGUACGCUCAGCACGCCAAGGUCAAGGGGGACGACAAAUUGCACGGCGCGGACGUUUGGCGCCUUUACGAUACCUUUGGUUUCCCCGUCGAUCUCACCCAGAUUAUGGCCGAGGAGCGCGGACUGCGCAUUGAUGACGCCGAGUUCGAAGAGGCUCGGUUGAAGGCCAAGGAGGCCAGUAAGGGCCAAAAGAAGACAGCCGAGAAUCUGGUCAAGCUUGACGUUCACGAUCUCGGCAAACUGGAGAAGAUGAACGACGUGCGCAAGACCGACGACUCGGCCAAGUUUGGGCGCGAGAACAUUACUGCCCACGUCAAGGCUAUUUAUCACGGCAAGAACUUCUACGAGAGCACAGACAAGGUGGCGGAGGGUGAACAGCUUGGAGUUAUUCUCGACUGUACCAACUUCUACGCCGAGCAGGGUGGUCAGGAGGCCGACACUGGCCGCAUCAUUAUUGACGGCAAGGCUGAAUUGGAAGUUGGAGACGUCCAGGUUUACGCCGGUUACGUCUUGCACACUGGCUUCAUGAAGUACGGAUCGCUAUCGGUUGGUGAUUCUGUCAUUUGUGAAUAUGACGAGCUUCGGCGCUGGCCCAUCCGGAACAACCACACCGGCACUCACAUUCUCAACUUUGCUCUCCGCGAGGUCCUUGGCGAUGGUAUUGACCAGAAGGGCUCCUUGGUUUCUGCGGAAAAACUUCGCUUCGACUUCUCUCACAAGGCUGCAGUCUCGGACGCAGACCUAGAGAAAAUCGAGUCUAAGUCCACCGAGUACAUCAGACAGAACUGCACUGUUUACUCCAAAGAGCUUCCGUUAGCGACCGCGCAGCAGAUCUCAGGCGUGCGUGCGGUCUUUGGCGAGACUUAUCCGGACCCUGUCCGCGUCGUAUCUGUUGGUGUUGAGAUCGAAGAGAUUCUACGCAACGUUAAGGACCCUCGUUGGGAGCAAGUCAGCAUCGAAUUCUGCGGUGGAACCCACGUGCAAAAGACCGGUGACAUCAAGGAUUUGAUUGUCCUCGAGGAGAGCGGCAUUGCCAAGGGUAUUCGUCGUAUCAUCGCUGUCACCGGUGAAGAAGCCCAUGAGGUUCAGCGGGUUGCCAAAGACUUUGAGGCACGUCUCGACCGGUUGGAAGCCAUGCCCCUUGGUCCCCAGAAGGAGCGCGAAUCGAAGCAAGUUCAGGUCGAUCUGAACCAACUCGUCGUCUCGGCUGUCCGCAAGGCGCAGUUCCGCACCCGGUAUGCUGCGAUCAACAAGCAAGUUCUGGAUGGUCAAAAGGCUCAGCAGAAGUUGGAAUCGAAGAUGGCUCUGGAGGCCAUCACAUCCUAUUUCGAUGCCCCUGAAAACAAGGACUCUACUACGUUGGUUGUGAAGCUGCCCAUGCCUGCUAGCGCCAAGGCUGUAAGCGAGUCAAUUAACCACGUCAAGUCGAAGCUGCAAAAUAAGAGCGUGUAUGUGAUGGCUGUGGAUCCAGAGCAGACUCGUGUCGCGCACGGUUGCCAUGUGGCCAAGGACCUUGGUGACAAGGGUGCGUCGGCGAGCGAGUGGGCUUCCGUGGUCUCCAGCAGCGUUGGUGGUAAAGCCGGUGGAAAGGGUGCCACUUCCAUUGGUAACGGCACCAACCCCGAUAAGGUUGACGAAGCUGUUGCGUUGGCCACCGAGUACCUGAGCAAGUUCAAGCUCUAG